AAUCCAAAAUAUAAAGCUUACAAUAAUAACCUCUAUACUUUAAUUAGCAAAAUAUUAAUUCGCAUUCCAUCUUCCCAUGAGGAAAUAAAUAAUUUGCAAUUUUCUAAUUGCUUGAUUAGUUGUUGCACAUAACAAUAAUCCAAAACAUAUUUAAUUUGCUUAUAAUAAAAAUCACCAUAAAACAAAAUAAUAUUAAUCGGAUUGCUCCAUCCAUGAGGAGUUAAAUAGAUGUGUUUGCAUUUUGAAGCAAACACACAUUUCUAAAAUGGCUGACAAUGAACUUCCUUUGAACUUGAGAGAAGACAAGGUAAGUGAAGAAACAAAGAAACUGAUCUCUUCACUUCCUACAGACAAAGAUUUUCAAGGGAAUCUAUGCAAGUACCAAGGAAGCUGGUAUUACUACAACACUCUCCAAGGAGUCAUCAAUUUCCAUAACAAUUUUCAGCCACAAGAAACUGAUAUAAUCCUCGCUUCUUCCCCAAAGUCCGGCACAACUUGGCUCAAGGCACUCACGGUCGCACUCUUGGAGAGAUCUAAACAUCAUGAUGAUCAUCCAUUGCUGUCAGAUAAUCCUCAUGCCUUAGUACCAUUCUUGGAGAACAAUCUUUAUCUCAAAAGCUCAACACCGGACCUAACCAAGUACUCAUCGUCCUCCCCGAGGCUGUUUGCGACUCACAUGCCUUUGCACACCUUGAAAGAGGGCCUCAAGGGUUCUCCUUGCAAGAUUGUGUUCAUGUGCAGGAACGCAAAGGACGCGUUGAUAUCUAUGUGGUAUUUCGUGUGCAAGUAUCAGAGAGUUGAAGCGAGUAGAAGCAUUCUCGAGUCGUUGUUCGAGUCGUUGUGCAGAGGAGUCACCUUCUACGGUCCCUUUUGGGACCAAGUCCUCAGCUACUGGAGAGGCAGCUUGGAAGAUCCGAGUCGUGUCCUGUUCAUGAAGUACGAGGAAAUGAAAGAAGAGCCUUGUGUCCAGCUCAAGAGACUUGCGGAGUUCUUAGGUUGUCCUUUCACCGAGGAAGAAUUAGAGAGCGGAUCUGUGGACAAGGUCUUGGAGCUCUGCUCCCUGCGUAGCCUUAGCGACUUGGAGAUCAACAAGUCCGGAAAAAACGUCAACGGCGUGGAUUACAAGUUCUAUUUCCGAAAAGGAGAAGUCGGUGACUGGAAAAAUCAUCUCACUCCGGAGAUGGAGAGCAGAAUCGACAUGAUCAUUGAGGAGAAACUGAGAGGUUCAGGUUUGAGUUUCUAAGAGUAUUUGCUGUUGUUGUGUGCUUCUAUUUAUUAUGAACGUAAUAAGAUUCUCUGAUUUUCUAUCAUUUCUGUUGUUGUGUUUUCUAUUUAUUAUGAACGUAUUAAGAUUCUCUGAUUUUGUAUCAUUUCUGUUGUUGUGUUUUCUAUUAUGAACGUAAUAAGAUUCUCUGGUUUUCUUCA